AUGUCGACUCUUCAGAGAACUAACAGCAAAUAUCUGUGGUGGUCUCUUUUGGGUCUUGGAUUUCAACCCGAAGUCGCAGCAUCAUCAGGGGCCAACAAAGCCAAUGUCAAACACAUCAUUCUUGGACCGUAAGUAUUGAUUGUUGUGGUAACGGCUAAAGUUAACAGUUAGCGUUAACAUGAUCAACAUCAGUCUUGCAACCCUGUUUCAAUCCAGUGAGACAAACUGGUGAUGGCACGACAAUGAAAAUAAAAUAAUAGGCAGAACGACUCCAUUCUCUCAGGUCAGUCAAAAGCCUGUUUUGACACCAGUUUCUUUCUCUCACCAACAGCAAUAUGUUUGACAAACCAAACAAGGAUGCUUUCUACAUAGUUACCCAUUUCCUGUUAGAAAAACUCAACCCCGCACGCUUCCACGAUGCAUACAGGUAUGAUGAUGGUCCGAUUCCCGACUUGUUGUUUCUCUUCACACAUUUGUCAUUUUUUGCAAUCAUGUAAUAUGUUGGGUCUUGUAUGCAGGCAUUGCUGGCCAGCGUUGGACCACAAAGCAGAUGCUGAAUUCCGUAAGGUGACCUGUGCUUGGAUGCGAGAUCUAAUGGUAAGGAUUUGACAUGUCUUCUUUCAGAUGUUCAGUAUUUGAUCAACUUGUUGCAGCAGAUGCAUACUGUCUGUAAGUAUGUCUGGUCAACAGGUCUAAAGCGUUUGAACUUGAUCUGUGCUUUCAGGAUGAGCAGGGGAGCACAGUUCCCAAAGUGGUGGCGUCUCUAUUCCUCUCGCCUGGUGGUCCCAGGUUCGUCAACCUGAUGCUCCAUCUAGCCAAUCAUGUCAUGUUGAAUGAGAUGAAGACAUUUUCAACAGGUAGGAAGACCUUUUCCCACAUUUUUGUUACGUUACAGCCGUAUUCUAAAAUGGGUUAAAUCGUUUUUUCCCCUCAUCAAUCUAAACACAAUACCCCAUAAUGACAAAGCAAAAACAGGUUUGUAUAUUUUUUUAGCUAAUUUAUACCAAAAAAAAUAAAAAAAAUGAAAUAUCACAUUUACAGUAUGACUAGCCCAAGGUUUGGACUUCUUAGACUGCUUUCACACAGGCAGAUUUGGACCAAUCACAUCAGAGCUUUUCACGUCAGAUCAUUUUCAGAGCUGAUCUGAUUGGUCAAAGACCAAUUAGUGGGGAAAAAUAUCAGAGUUGGGCUGCCUGUCUAAACGCAGCCUUAAAGACAGACUCCAUAGCUUUUCGUCUCCCUGUGAAUUACAAGCGUUUGUCUGGAGUUGUUUGUCAAUAACCAGCUUUCCAUCCAACCUUUUUAUGCACAUAAAGUACAUGUUGGAUGGAAAAUGGCACGACAGACCUGAUGGAAACAGCUACUUUGUAGGUAAACAUUCCAAAUGUCGACAAAACCAAAUAUGCUAGAGAAGGUGGGAUUUUAUUUUGUCUGUAAAAUGUAUUAUUCGAGAAAUAGCGGUGGAAACGCUUUAAUGCGCAAAUAUUGAUAUAAUAACCAUUUAUAUUGAAGUAAACUUGGGAGUCACGCAAUGACAUGUGUGGUCCUCCCACUACGACUCAGGAAGACAUGCAGUUUAUUAGGCUACAGAUUAAAUAAGUUAUGAUUAACUUCACAGGGUGGGGAAAGUGCAAGGUGAGGACCUUGAUGCUGCUUUCCAAUAAAUAUCGAGGGUCUUAUUCCGGUGACAUGAUCAUCGAUGCUUUGCUGCCGUUUGACAAAUUAAAAUAAUCUUGCGCUUUUGUCCAUAAUAAUCUCAUCAUGUAGGCUAUACCCGCAUUGUAUCUGCAAGCUUUUGGCUAGAGCGCACGUGCAUUAACAGAGUGGGCACAUUAGCUAUAUAAGGGACAUUUUUUUUGUGACAAAACCAUCAGAGUUUAAAAUGUGAAGCAAACCAAUUUAACUUGUAUUUUUUUAUUUGGUACAUGGGGAUUUAACCACAAAAGUUAUUUUAUGUGCACUACGUCAUAACGCACAUACUUUAUUUAUUUUUUAUCAGAAUUAAGUACAUUUGAUGGAAACACAUCUCUGGUGGGAAAACUGGCAUUUUAUUUAUGCAGAUUUUAGGAUAUUCGCAUAAAUCCGUCGCCAAUUGGAUGGAAACCUAGCUAGUGACUAUGUUCAGCCCAAUUCUGAUAUCAGAUGAGCUAUGAAAAAAUAUAUUAUGUGAAAAGGUCUGAUGUGAUUGGUCAAAGACCGAUUUAGUGCAAAAAAUAUCAGAAUUGGGCUGCCUGUGUGAACGCAGCCAAUGUGUGUUAGAUGGCACGUGGGUCCCAGAAGCCGCGGCAGCCCCUGCCUCUUCUGUGGAAAUGGCGCUGAAGCGGUUUCAGCUGGUGAAGACCAGAUUCCUGAGAGGAGCUGUGGAACAGGAUCGGAUGCUGCAGGAGUACCAGAGACAAGCCCAGUAAGUCAUGGCAACUGCACAAACCACAGGCAUUGGAUGUGUUUGUAGAUAAACUAAUAUUUUCUGGAUGUUUAUAAUGCCUCGAAAAGUGUCCCAUUUUUGUUGAGACCUUUUUAAGUUGGAUAAAAAACAUUAUUUCAUUGGUUAGGUGUGUCGUGUGAUUCUGGCUAAUUAGCACAGGUGCAAAUGAUGAGCAGGUAAUCAAGUCGCCCUCAUAAAUCCAGGUGGUCACAGAGGUUUGGAGUUUGUAUGCCCUGAGGUGAAUGUCUUGCCUUUGCCCUGAGGUGAAUGUCUUGCCUUUGCCCUGAGGUGAAUGUCUUGCCUUUGCCCUGAGGUGAAUGUCUUGCCUUUGCCCUGAGGUGAAUGUCUUGCCUUUGCCCUGAGGUGAAUGUCUUGCCUUUGCCCUGAGGUGAAUGUCUUGCCUUUGCCCUGAGGUGAAUGUCUUACCUUUGCCCUGAGGUGAAUGUCUUGCCUUUGCCCUGAGGUGAAUGUCUUGCCUUUGCCCUGAGGUGAAUGUCUUGCCUUUGCCCUGAGGUGAAUGUCUUGCCUUUGCCCGUCAACUGUUGUUUCUUUUCAAAUAUGCCUAGUUUUGCCAUUCUACAUCUGUCCUCUCUUGUAGGUCUCGAGUGAAGUCUUUGAGGGAUUGGAGGGCUGAAGACGCAAAGUAUGAUGAUUUGCACAAGUAUGUAGUUGAGAUGUGUUAAAUUUUUUUGCAUCAAACAUUACGCUCCUAAGUGCUAAUAAUCAAUGGCAGCUGGUAAAAAAGUGCUAAUAAUCAAUGGCAGCUGGUAAAAUGAUGUAUUUCCCCUGUGCAGGCGUCACAAGAAAGUUGACCAGGAGGGAACCCCUCAAGCUGAGAAGAUUCAGAAGGUUUUCCUUCAUUUAAUAAAUGACAGUUCGUUUAACAUGACUAGAAAUGGAUGUUCAAAACAUUUCCAUCUGCAAUAGUCUGACCGUUUCACCUCUGAACACACCCCAGGUGCGCUCCCUGUGGUCGUCCAUGGACGGAGUGUUGUCCACCCUGGAGGAGGAGCGGCGGGUGGUGGAGUGUGUCAUCAGGGGAGAUGUUGACCAGUACACCCUGGACGGGACGGACCUUUCCCUUAAAAUCCCCCGGGUUCUGCUGGAGCGACUAGAGCAGUUAUCCCACCUGGUGAGAUGCACAAAAAUUACAUCAUUGCCUUUUUAGCUUAGCGGGUGACGGUGCGUUUGGAACCCAAUCCAUAUUUCAGUGCAAUGUUUCUCAAACCUCUCCUCAAGUACCCCCAGCUGUUCCACAUGUUUGAUAUGUUCCAGAACUAGCACAACAGAUGAAACUAAGGAAUGGUGAUUAGUUAACAGAUUGAAUCAGGUAUGCUAGUACUUGAAAUGCAUAAAAUAAGUGGAACUUGCUGGGAGUAAUGUGGGUACUGCUCUGUUUAUCACUAAGUAAGUUCUGUGUGUGCUCCAGUCGAGUGUGGGCAGUGUUUACGAGGCAGGCCAGCUGAACAUCCUCCGUAUGCUGGAGCUGCUCCGUCAGGCUCUGGGCCUCCUGGGGGAGGAGAGGUGCCGGGUGGCAGGAGACACCCCCAUUGCCCAGCUCCACCCCUUGCACCUGCAGGAGAGGAACCUACAGAUGGCACGCGCCCUGGAGGACCUCCGACUCAUGAGGUGGGCUACAAACUGUUAUCGCAGAGGCUUGCUUGUUGGGGAACUGCUACCCAUUUGAUGUAUUACUGUUUGAGUUGCAUAGCAGCAUUUAACAUGUUUGUAAUUCAUUUUAUUUUAACAGAAGACAGGGCAACAGCAAUUUUAAAUCCAUAUUGAGCAGUAGUAAUACCUAUUUAUAACUGUCAAGCUCUGUUCUCUCUGGCAUCUCUGCAUCCGACUGUCGCUCUCUUUUUCCAGGAAGAGGAUUUCAAAGGAAGAAAUUCCCGAGGUGAAGACCGUCAUCAGAAAGUUGGAGGCGGAGUGGGACCGGAAAUGGGCGGACUGUCUGAAACGCAUGCCGCUGACCGCGUUUCUCAACGAGGAUCCUGUAAGUGCCUUUUACAGUUUGUGACCUGGAUGUAUUAAACAACUCUGUCCAGAUACAGCCGCUACUCCCUAGGCCAGGGCUAUUCAACUCGGACUGAGGGCUGUACUCUGUCUCCUUAUAGGCCCUUGACUUUCUGUUCCCAAUGGCUCCUCUGUCCUUUGAGCCGGCCACCGAAGCCAGCUUCAAAUCUAGCAUUUUCUCUCAGUAUCCGGCCAAGCUACCCGGUCAGUAAAGCGAAACAAAACAUUACCACUUCUAAAUUGCUUUAUUGUUUAACUGAAUAUUUUAACUUGUGGUGUUUUCAUAACUUAGAAUUUCCUGAAGAGAAGCCUGUGGCGACUGACUCUGUUCCAAAGGAGACUGUAACCAUAAUGGAUUAUGCCCUCAAAAGGUAUAUUAAUACUCUGCUUGACUUGUAUUCAUUGCUAAUGGGCAACUUGUAGUCUGAUUCCUCUGUGUUGUUGGGAGGCAGAUACCUGGUCAGUCCUGAGCUGUGCUCUGUCCGUCACUAGCCCUCCCUAUAGCAUACCUGCUCUCUGAUGACCGGGGCGAGUUGAGUGAAAUCGCAACGGACAGAUACGGAGCAGACAACCGUUAUUCAGUCUUGUUUUUUUCUAACCAUAGCUCCAACAUUUGAUCCACAGAAGAUGUCUUUAUAACAGGUCUCUUUUUUGAACAGCCUUUGCCCUCCAGCUGUUGAGAGGGUUGCAUGUCUUCCUGGUGUGGACUUUUCCCCACUGACUCCCCUCCAUGCACUCUGUGAAACUCCAAUGGCUUUACCUGCCAUGGCUCCCUCACCAAGCCCCCUGCCGGUAGGUGAUGUGCAACAUGCAUCCUAUUCAGCUUUUUUUAAAUACAUUUUUUAAAGGCUAAUUGUUUUAGCUAAUUCAAUAUUAUAAAUCUGCUUCUCAGAUUUAAAGACUUUUGGCCUUUCAGCCGCUCCUGCAUACCAAAAUGUCCCUAAUUUAUGUACAGUGAGGGAAAAAAAGUAUUUGAUCCCCUGCUGAUUUUGUACGUUUGCCCACUGACAAAGAAAUGAUCAGUCUAUAAUUUUAAUGGUAGGUUUAUUUGAACAGUGAGAGACGGAAUAACAAAAAAAUCCAGAAAAACGCGUGUCAAAAAUUUUAUAAAUUGAUUUGCAUUUUAAUGAGGGAAAUAAGUAUUUGACGCCCUCUCAAUCAGAAAGAUUUAUGGCUCCCAGGUGUCUUUUAUACAGGUAACGAGCUGAGAUUAGGAGCGCACUCUCAAAGGGAGUGCUCCUAAUCUGUUUGUUACCUGUAUAAAAGACACCUGUUCUCAGAAGCAAUCAAUCAAUCAGAUUCCAAACUCUCCACCAUGGCCAAGACCAAAGAGCUCUCCAAGGAUGUCAGGGACAAGAUUGUAGACCUACACAAGGCUGGAAUGUGCUACAAGACCAUCGCCAAGCAGCUUGGUGAGAAGGUGACAACAGUUGGUGCGAUUAUUCGCAAAUGGAAGAAACACAAAAUAACUGUCAAUCUCCCUCUGCCUGGGGCUCCAUGCAAGAUCUCACCUUGUGGAGUUGCAAUAAUCAUGAGAACGGUGAGGAAUCAGCCCAGAACUACACGGGAGGAUCUUGUCAAUGUCAAUGAUCUCAAGGCAGCUGGGACCAUAGUCACCAAGAAAACAAUUGGUAACACACCACGCCGUGAAGGACUGAAAUCCUGCAGCGCCCGCAAGGUCCCCCUGCUCAAGAAAGCACAUAUACAUGCCCGUCUGAAGUUUGCCAAUGAACUUCUGAAUGAUUCAGAGGAGAACUGGGUGAACGUGUUGUAGUCGGAUGAGACCAAAAUGGAGCUCUUUGGCAUCAACUCAACUCGCUGUGUUUGGAGGAGGAGGAAUGCUGCCUAUGACCCCAAGAACACCAUCCCCACUGUCAAACAUGGAGGUGGAAACAUUAUGCUUUGGGGGUGUUUUUUUGUUAAGGGGACAGGACAACUUCACUGCAUCAAAGGGACGAUGGACGGGGCCAUGUACCGUCAAAUCUUGGGUGAGAACCUCCUUCCCUCAGCCAGGGCAUUGAAAAUGGGUCGUGGAUGGGUAUUCCAGCAUGACAAUGACCCAAAACACACGGCCAAGGCAACAAAAGGAGUGGCUCAAGAAGAAGCACAUUAAGGUCCUGGAGUGGCCUAGCCAGUCUCCAGACCUUAAUCCCAUAGAAAAUCUGUGGAGGGAGCUGAAGGUUCGAGUUGCCAAACGUCAGCCUCAACCUUAAUGACUUGGAGAAGAUCUGCAAAGAGGAGUGGGACAAAAUCCCUCCUGAGAUGUGUGCAAACCUGGUGACCAACUACAAGAAACGUCUGACCUCUGUGAUUGCCAACAAGGGUUUUGCCACCAAGUACUAAGUCAUGUUUUGCAGAGGGGUCAAAUACUUAUUUCCUUCAUUAAAAUGCAAAUCAAUUUAUAACAUUUUUGACAUGCGUUCUUCUGGAUUUUUGUUGUUGUUAUUCUGUCUCACUGUUCAAAUAAACCUACCAUUUUAAAAUUAUAGACUGAUCAUUUCUUUGUCAGUGGACAAAUGUACAAAAUCAGCAGGGGAUCAAAUACUUUUUUCCCCUCACUGUAUAUGUUUAAUCACCUAUGUGACCAUUCUGUUUUCUUAUAGGCCAUUGUAAGGAAGACUCCUCGUGCGUCUCCAAAGGUGUCUUCAGUGAAGAAAAAGGCUCAGAUCCUCGACUCUGAGUUUGACAACUUGGCAAAUCAGGUACCGUUUCCAUACGUGGGGGGGGGGGGGGGGUUGGCGGGAGGCAGAUACCUGGUCAGUCCUGAGCUGUGCUCUGACCGUCACUAGCGCUCCCUAUAGCAUACCUGCUCUCUGAUGACCGGGGCGAGUUGAGUGAAAUCGCAACGGACAGAUACGGAGCAGACAGCCCUUACCUGCAUCAGGGGUUGGAACCGGCUCAGGGAACAGAGGAGAGAAAUUUUGAGGACCGGAAACAGAACUGGGAACGAAAGUGAUCUCGAGUGUUCCGGAACAGAACCGUUACCUUCAAAUCUUGAGAACCAGUUAAUGUUAUUUUUGUUCAAACAAUAUUCCUAAUGUCUUGUAUAUAAUUAAGUGAAGUUACGAUGCUAAUAAUAGCCUAAACAAUUCAAAUUCACAUGUUAUGAUUCUCAGCGCUUCCAGCCCCCUCCAUGUCCACCCCUCUUUCUUGCUCUCCCCACCCGUCAAAUCGAUCUCGUCUCGCGCCUGCACUUAACUGUCCAUCAAACAUGUAAACCAUUAGCUUACAUGUUCCAUAGCAAGGUGCUCUAUCUACACUAAUUGGUGGAGUAAAUGAUUUGGCUAAAUGUAAAAACUGUUGAUUUCAAAGGGUAGAAAAUAACUAUUUGAACCAUUACUUUUUUUGGUUCGAACCGGUUCAGAACUUUCUAAUGCUGGUCGGAACACUGGAACGGAACUAAAUAAAUAGGAGUUAUUUUCCAACCCCUGAUCUGCAUAUGACUGGUAUGUAGUCUGUACCAUGUUGCUUAACAUGCAAUGCAUGCAUGGAGCAUAACUUACUGUUUGGUUUGUGUGCAUUUUUAGUUUGCAGAGGCUGUGACCACCAGCCCUGGCAACAGAAGUUUACGGGGACUCGAGCUGGGAGACCUACUCGACACUCUUGGCACAGACCCUUUCUCCACCAGGAAGCAGAUUCCACGCACCCCAGAGAGUUUGAGUGAGUAUUGGACCUUGUUUGAUGUACUUUGAAAGGCAGAAUGCUCUUUUCUCCAGUUUUGCUUUUUGUUGGCCAGAGGAGUAAUUUUUAUUUUUUGAUCAGUUCUGGAUGUGAAGAGUUCCUGGCGAAGUGCGGUGGAGGAAGGAGAGGCUCAGAAGGCCUUCCUGUCUGCUACGUUUGACUGCGACGACAUCCUCGGUUGCCUCAUGCCCCUCAGCGACGUACAGGAGGCCUCCCUUAGCCACGAUUUUCCCUCCCUGAGCACAAGCUUGGAUCCCACAAACGGUUGUAGUACUGCAGCCCCCCAGCAGGCUUCCCUCAUGUCCACCCUGUCCUGGGACUCCUCCAACAUGGAGGCCCUCAAUAGCCUGAGCAGCAGCGACGUGGUCCAGUUCAGCAUCGACCAAGAGGUCUUCCCCGAGCAGUUCAGUAUAGAUCAGGAGACACUCCCCGAGCUGCCGGGCAAUGACAGCAGUGUCCUGAGCUCCAGUAACUCCAGGGACACGUCCAACACCGAGGAGGAAGAGCUGCUCCUCCCCCACACCCCCCCCACUGAGACUGAGCCAGCCCUGCUGGACGCACGCAGGCGUUUGGAAAAGAUCCAGCAGGCCUUUGGAGAGGCCUCCUUCAUGGACUGCCGCCAGGGGGCACCAGAGCCCUCUCUCCCACAGCAUGGCGAGAGGAGCCUGGACGCCAGUGACUGGCUGAUGGCAGCAACACUGGAGACAGCAGCCACAGUGGAAGUGACGGACAAUGUCUUUUCCCUGGAUCUGGACACUCUAGAGAGCCCCUCGCCGCCAAGGAAAGGGCAGUAUAACCUCCCGCAAUUGUUCACAUUCUCCCCCAUAGACGACCUGUAGUGUCU